AUGGAAUAAUACAGAUAAACUGAAGUUUAAACACCAAGAAAAAUACCCUCAUCCUCAACAGAUUUUAGACAAUCAGUAACCAUUAAUUAAGGUGACUAAUAAAAAACUAAGUCAAAGUUUAAGCUGAAAAGAGGAGGCUCAAAAUAAUUAAAAUAGAAGAAGCUACUGAGGGCAGAGUAAACUAAGAAUGAAAGUUAAAUAAAUGCUGCAACAAAAGCAGAGUUAAAUUUCAAGAUACCUAAGGAAAGUAAUGAAGAAAAAUAUAAAGAUAGUCCAUUUGACAAAGAAGCGAAGUUUUUCUUGUAUUCUGUACCAGAUUUUGGAUUCAGUGACAAUACUUUAUACAACGAACUCUGCUCUCAAAAUAAUAAUGAGGAUGGUAAAGGAUCUAACUGGCGAUUUUUCUAUGACAUGAGAGUUAUGAAAAAUAAAAGAGAAGAUUCGAAGAACUCUCCAGGUAGCAAUGACUUUAGUGGGAAAAAUUAAAAAAGGGAAAAAUAAUAGGGGGUCAAUUGGAGUUUAGAGAUUAUAAGAACGAAUUAAGAUGCAACUUUCUCAGGAGAUGUUAUAUAAUUAAAUCCGAAAUAAAAGUAAACUCCCAAUGAGAUCAAACUGAUUGAAAUAAAGAAAAUAAUGAAUGAUAUGUUUGAUCAAUUCCAUAGCAGCUAAUAAAGCAUUUAAGGAAUCAAAGAACUAAUAAGAUACAGAUCUAAUAGUAUGAACAACCAUGUGGCAGAUUACUCAACUAUCAAUUCAAAGAUCGAUCAUAUUUGGAAGUUAGAUUUUACUUAAUCUUAAGAAACAAUCGUAGAAUAAAAUAAUGGAAAUGCACCACCAACAUAACCUCAAAAUCAUACUCAUAUCCAUCAUUAAACUCAUUCUCAUUCGCAUCAUCACCAUCACAAUUAUCAUCAUCAUUAUUGA